AUGCAGACUGCUUCUACAAACAUUGGUGAAAGAAUGGGUCGCUCUCAGGAGCUCAGUGGCUCCAAGCGUGGUCCCGUGAUAGGUGGCCACCUGGGCAAUAAGUCCAUCCGUGACAUUUCCUGGCUACUAAAUAUUCCACGCUCAACUGUUAGUGGGAUUAUAACAAAGUGGAAGCAACUGGGAACAACAGCCACUCAGCCACCAAGUGGUAGGCCACGUCACAUGACAGGGCGGGGUCAGCGCAUGCUGAAGCGCACAGUGCACAGAAGUCACCAACUGUCUGCAGAUCACUUUGUUCCAGUGAAGGGAACUCUUAAGGAGUCGGCGUACCAAGACAUUUUGGACAAUUUCAUG